CCAAAAGAAUUGUGUAGCAUAUGCGCCUGAGAAUGCACCAGGGACACGUGUGGUGUCAUAUCACACUCUCAAGCCCUCUGUAAGGGGGUUCUUUCACUCCUCCGGCUUUUGUAGCCGAGGCCAAUCAGCGUGGGACCAGGACUUGGCUGAGAUCCCUCGAAGGAGUGAAAGACAGCUUAGGGAUUCUACACCUGGCCUCAGAGUGGUUAUUCUGCUCACUGCCUCUUGGCAGCUCUGGAAGGUGCCCGGAGCAACUAGGAUUCAGGAGGAAUGAACUCCAGCUAAUGCUUUGUCUGCCAGAAAAUUCUUGACAGCACCACCAACUAGUGUUCACCAGGCAGGUUCUUCCCCAGAGGAGGCAAAUUACCAAUGACCACUGGUUGCUUUGACGUGGUGAUGGAGCUGGACGCCUGGGAAAAAGAACACCAUUUUUUUUUUUUUUUUGGCUGCGUCCAUGGCACGUGAAAGUUCCUGGGCCAGGGACUGAACCUGUACCACAGCAGACACCACCAGAUCCUUAACCCACUGCACCACAGGGGAACUCCAAGGGAAACAUUUUUGCUGCAUGUUCUUUUCCACUUUUGAACUUUGAGCCGUCUGAAUAUAAUUAUUAGCUACUCAAAAAUAAAUGCUAAUAUUAAAGUUCAAAAAGAGAAAAAAAGAACAGAAAGACUUACGAAUUAUCUUCAGGAGAAUCCCAGAGUGAAUUAGCUCCUAAAGACGUUCGGUUUCAGCAAACUCUCCGUGGGUCCCCCGGAUCAGUCUCCCCUGGCUGCGGAGGGGAGGCAGCCUCUCCUGGGUUAAUUCCCCCUUGGGGCUGCCUUCCAGAUUCCCCAGAUCUAUGACUUUCUGUUCCUCUCAGUUAGACCUGGAGCGACACUUCGCCUACAAGGCUUUCCUCCGGGUCCCCAAAUGAUCCAGAACAAGCGUUCACAUGACAGCUCCCAAGAAUCCAGAGAAGUCGUCCUCCGCCUGCCCGCUUUCUCGGUUCAUUGGAGGGAAAAAAAAAGGAACAUCGCAGUGCACAGCUCACAUCUGGGAUUAACUAUGGAACCUAAGGUGACACCAAACCCACCACGCCCUUCUGAGUGAUCAUCAGGUCCUUCCUUCUGGUUGGGGGAGAAGCUCGGAAUCAAGCAUUAUUCUAAAAUAGGGCGCAGGGCCGGCGGCCCCUCCUAGCAGCUCCUCUUCCUGCCUCCGCCCCCCCGCCCCUUUAGCGACACCAACGAGAGGACACUGCCUGCAUCUAGAGCAGCCCGACCAGGAACGUAAUCGGGUGACGCGCAAACGUGGGAGGAAAGCCGUUAGCGGCUGCGCUUUCCCGCCCCUGAGCCGUUCUCGUCGUGGGCAAAAAUGCUUCCUGAAAGCAUUUCAUUUUUGAAGGGUGUAAUGCUCGGAAGCAUUUGCUGUGCCUUGAUCACUGUGCUAGGACACAUGAGGAUUGGUCAUGGAAAUAGACUGCACCGCCACGAGCACCAUCACCUACAAGCUCCCAAUGAAGAAGAGAUCUUGAAAAUUUCAGGGGAUGAACGCAUGGAGCUCGGGAAGAGCUUUCGGGUAUACUGUCUCAUCCCUGUAAAACCCAAAGAUGUGAGUCUCUGGGCUGCAGUGAAAGAGACGUGGACAAAACACUGCGACAAAGCAGAGUUCUUCAGUUCUGAAAAUGUGCCGGUGUUUGAGUCAAUUAACAUGGAAACAAACGACAUGUGGUUGAUAAUGAGAAAAGCUUACAAAUACGCCUUUGAUAAAUAUAGAGAGCAAUACCACUGGUUCUUCCUUGCACGCCCUGCGACGUUUGCUAUUAUUGAAAACUUAAAGUACUUUUUGUUAAAAAAGGAUCCAUCACAGCCUUUCUAUCUCGGCCACACUGUGAAACCUGGAGACCUCGAAUAUGUGAGUGUGGAAGGAGGAAUUGUCUUAAGCAGAGAAUCAAUGAAACGACUUCACAGGCUUCUCAAUAUUCCUGAAAAGUGUCCUGAACAGGGAGGGAUGAUUUGGAAGAUAUCUGAAGAUAAGCAGCUAGCCAUCUGCCUGAAAUAUGCCGGUGUGUUUGCAGAAAAUGCAGAAGACGCUGAAGGAAAAGAUGUAUUUAAUACCAAAGCUGCUGGGCUUUUUAUCAAAGAGGCAAUGACCAAUCACCCCAACCAGGUGGUCGAAGGGUGUUGUUCAGAUAUGGCUGUUACUUUCUAUGGACUGACGCCUAAUCAGAUGCAUGUGAUGAUGUAUGGGGUAUACCGUCUUAGGGCGUUUGGGCAUAUUUUCAAUGAUGCAUUGAUUUUCCUGCCUCCAAAUGGUUCUGACAAUGACUAAGCAGUGAAGUGAGAGCAUGAGUCUGAUUGCUAUGUAGGCCAUGUGCCAUGUGUUGUCAUCAUUUGUAGUAGCAACUACAUAUCCAACAUGGUAUGUUUCUUUUCUUUGUUUUUUCUCCUUCUUCAGUUUGGUGGCACUGGUUCAUUUGCACACUGAAGUUUAGCAGUAUAUUUUUAAAUAGGAUGCGUUAGGUUAUUUUUUCUUAAAUCACAUAUGAACAUUUCAAGUGUGUUGGAAAGAAAUGUUUAAGAAUAAUAAUUUUACAAAUAAAGCUUAAAUUUAUAAAUAAUAUACUUAUGUGAUAAAUCUAAAUUAUGAACAUUAAAAGUCUGGCACACAUUUUUGCCGAUUGGUUAAAAAUAGAACUUUUUAGCUCUCUAAGAUAUGCAAAUGAAAUCUCUCUGCGUAUUUGUGAUUAAAGUACAACUUUAAAAUAAAUAAAAUAAAACAAAACACAGCAGGUGGUGUCACGAGGUGAGGAGCCACCCAGUCAAAGAAUCCAGAGACCAAGGGCAGGUCCCGGCUCUGACACCAACCCACCGCCCUGGGCGAAGCUCUGUAGCCCUGAACCUCUGGGUCCGUGGACUGUUGCCUCAGACCCUCCUGAGUUCUAGCCCCUCAUUCUGGGCUUGUCUUCUGAGUCUCUCCUCCAUCCCUGGAUUCAGUGUCAGACCCCCAGAGACAGGUCGUGGGCAGGGCACCACUCCCGCAGGCGGGCUACGCUCCUUUUGUUCGUCCUCCGGCGGAACACAGGUCGGUUCCAAGUUCCGCACUUGUCCCUCCCUCCACCCUCUUCUGACAUCGUGGAGGCUGCUUCAACCAGUGAUGGUCACUCCUGCCUUUGGCCUCGCAGGGCACGUCUCUCUCGCUCCUUUUUUCUUUUUCCUUUUUUCCUA